AAUAAACUGAUCCAAAAUCAAAACAAACCCCAACAAUUGCCUCUACUUUCGUACGGAGAGGAUUAUUUUUUAAAAAUAAAUAUCCAAAAUGCACGAUAUUAUCAUUCAAACAGUGUCCGAGCAGGAUUUUACAGAGGCCAUUUUCCUGCUUAUCGAUUACAUCGUCGAGGUGCCCCGGCAAAGCCAGCAGUGUCGCGACCGUUUGGCCCAGCUGCUCGGUCAUGCCACCUCCAGCGAUGAGCUGAAACACACGCUGAAGUUGUUUGAAGCGCUCGUUCGCAAAUACUGCAUCGGUGAGGUGGAUGAAGUGCGGCUCCGCUCACAUCUGGCCCAGCUUUCCCCGAACCGGCAGGACCGGGUGGUGGAAAUAGUGAACCUUCGUCGACCGGAAAUAGCACGCCGAUUGAUCGACGAGGUGAACCGGCGGGAAGGAGGUGUACCGCUGGUCGAAUCGUUCGACUGGAACGUUAGCUGGAUUAUGGGAAGUAGCAGUUUGGCGUCACACCGCAAACAGCUGUGCACGGUAGCACUUGCCUGCCGGGAUGGUGCAGCAAAGCCACACACGAUCAGCUUCGAAAUGGGUCGAGAGCAGGUGGAGCAGGUAAUACGGGAGAUCGAGACGGUUGUUGGAUGAUUGAAUUUGUGAGUAUGACUAACAACGGAAGCCAGUUUAACAAAGUUUCCCCAAUGCUUUACAAUAGCUGUAUCCCGAGGUUUGCUUUUCAAAUUAAAUUCCUAUCAAGUUACUCUUCUAAAUUUGUCAUUGGAGUGCUAAAGUUUAAUUUUAAUCGAAUAAAAUAUGUAAUUAAGUUAGCCUCUUUCA